UUGAAUUGAAUUGAAUUGAAGAGCAGAGCAGCGGAGAAAAGUCGCCUUGCUUUCAAUGUCGAACCUCUCUCCCCUCUCCGAUGAAUGAUGAAUGGUCGCGGGGGGAUCUGUAUGUCAUUUCCGCCCCCGAGAAUCUGAAAUUCCCCCUUUUCCGUCCCCCUUUUUCCCAUUUCCCAUCUCCAUUUCUGAUUUCUCUGUCAAUCGUUUCCUUGCUUAUCUGCGUUCCCUUCGCCUCCUCGCAUUUUUCGUAAUUCGUAUCCUUCAUCAGUUUUCUUCUCAAUUAGUGAUCACAUAUUUCUUUUUACCCGAAACUCAACUUCAGAUCUUACCUCCCUUUCUAUAUGUUUUAUGUUUGGUUGACGUUGCUUCUAUUCUAUACACACAUUAACCAUUGAUUUUAUUUGAUUUAUUCCAUACAUGUACUCCGACGCCAUACCGUACCUACAUCCUUGUCCUCCGUAGACGCAUUCAGUUGAUUGCCUUUGUUACAAGAAUAUCAUUUGAUCAUCAUAAAUACUUGCCCAUAUUUAGAUUAAUAGCGUUCCACUUUUGUUGAAUAGGUAUAUACAUAUAUAUUGUUUCGCUUUGGUUGCAAAAGUGAGCUUCCUUUCCUUCCAGUUCAAAAGCCUUUCCAUCGGCAAUGAAGCUGUUGGUGCGUAUAAUUGAAGCGCGGAAUAUACCGCCGAUGGAUCCAAAUGGGUUCAGCGACCCGUAUGUGAAACUGCAGCUGGGAAGGCAAAAGUUUAGGACGAAAGUGGUUAAAAAGUGUUUAAACCCCUCCUGGUGCGAAGAAUUCGCUAUUAAAGUCGAAGACUUGAAAGACGAGCUCGUUGUUUCGGUUUUGGAUGAAGAUAGGUACUUAAUUGACGACUUCAUUGGCCAGAUCAAGAUACCUGUCUCUCGCGUUUUCGAUGCCAGUGAUAAGUCCCUUGGCACUGCCUGGUAUUCUUUGCUCCCCAAGAAUAGGAGGUCCAAGAAUAAGGACUGUGGUGAAGUUCUUCUCACUAUAUGUUUUUCUCAAAGCAAUUCUUUCAUGGAUUCGCAACCUCCUGUUGAUCAUGCAUAUUCCUCAAGGAGCUAUACUGAUUCAGCAACUGACUCACCAUCAAGGUCUUCUAGCAGCUCCUUCAGAUCACCUUCUCCAAUGAAAUUGGAAGAAGUUGCUUCUUCUAAGGAAGACAAGUCACACACGCAAGGCUUUGCUUUUCGAAUUGCUCAGAUAUUCAAUAAAAAUGGAGAUUGGGCAUCCAAUGCAUCAAGUAGGACCCCUGACUUGCCAGACAUAGCUGAAAAUGAGGUAUCUGAGCCCAAUUCUUUUGAGUUUUCCACUAUCAGCUUUGAGGAAGCAAUCAAAACAAUGGAGUCAAGAGAUCAAGGAAGUGAAAUUCCAAGCAACUUACCUGGAGGGGUAAUCUUAGACCAACUAUAUUUGAUUGCACCACGAGAGCUGAACUCUUUUCUCUUUUCACCGGAGUCAAACUUUUUGAAAGAUGUAACGGAACAACAAGGAACCACAGAGCUGCAAGUGGGGCCUUGGAAAUUUGACAACAACAUUGACAGCCUGAAAAGAGGACUUACUUAUACCAAGGGUUCCAGUGGAAUAAUUAGGGCUACAAGAGGUAUUGAGGAGCAAACAUAUAUAAAAGCAGAUGGGAAUGUUUUUGCAGUUUUAGCAAGCGUGAGCACUCCAGAUGUUCCCUAUGGAAGCAGCUUUAAAACAGAAUUGCUUUACUGUAUCUUACCUGGGCCUGAGCUGCCAUCAGGAGAACAAUGUUCUCGAUUAAUAUUAUCCUGGAGAACAAAUUUUCUGCAGAGCACUAUGAUGAAGAGCAUGAUAGAAGGUGGAGCACGACAAGGUCUAAAGGAAAGUUUUGAUCAAUUUGCAAAGUUAUUGUCUCAACAUAUUAAGAUAGUAGAUGCAAAUGACGUUGCUUCCAGUAAAGAACAGGUUUUGGCAACUCUCCAAGUGGAGCCACAUUCUGAUUGGAAGCUGGCAGUUCGGUACUUUUCUAAUUUGACUAUGUUAUCAACAAUUGUUAUGGGAAUAUAUGUGCUUGUGCAUGUCUGGCUAUCCAUGCCUAGCGUGAUCCAAGGACUUGAGUUUGUUGGAUUAGAUUUGCCGGAUUCUAUUGGUGAAGUGAUUGUGUGUGGGGUCUUGGUUCUUCAAGCUCAACGUGCAGUAGAGUUGAUUUCUCGCUUCAUGCAGGCUAGAGCACAAAAGGGCAGCGACCAUGGAGUUAAAGCACAAGGUGAUGGGUGGUUGCUGACUGUUGCCUUGAUUGAAGGAAGCAAUUUUGCAGCCGUUGAUUCAAGUGGAUUCUCUGAUCCAUAUGUGGUCUUUACUUGUAAUGGGAAAACUAAAACCAGCUCAAUCAAGUUUCAGAAAUCUGAUCCUAGGUGGAACGAAAUAUUUGAAUUUGAUGCAAUGGAUGAACCCCCAUCUAUGCUGGACGUGGAAGUUUUUGAUUUUGAUGGACCCUUUGAUGAAGCUACUUCUCUGGGGCAUGCUGAAAUCAAUUUUGUAAAAACUAAUUUGUCUGAUUUAGCUGAUGUCUGGGUUCCUCUGCAAGGCAAGCUAGCUCAGGCAUGUCAGUCAAAACUGCAUCUAAGAAUUUUCUUGGACAAUACAAGGGGUGGCAAUGUUGUUAAAGAAUACUUAACUAAGAUGGAGAAGGAGGUGGGCAAGAAGAUAAAACUGCGGUCACCUCAAACAAAUUCAGCAUUUCAGAAACUGUUUGGGCUUCCAUCAGAGGAGUUUCUCAUCAAUGAUUUUACUUGUCACUUGAAACGGAAAAUGCCUCUUCAGGGCCGCCUAUUUUUGUCAGCAAGAAUAAUAGGCUUCCAUGCAGACCUAUUUGGACAUAAGACAAAAUUCUUUUUCCUCUGGGAAGAUAUUGAAGACAUUCAAGUGGUCCCUCCUACAUUGUCAUCAAUGGGGAGUCCAAUACUUGUCAUGACUUUAAGGCCUGGGAGAGGUGAGGAUGCAAGGCAUGGUGCAAAGACGCAAGAUUCAGAAGGCAGGCUAAAGUUCCAUUUCCAGUCUUUUGUAUCUUUCAAUGUUGCACACAGGACAAUCAUGGCACUUUGGAAAGCAAGAGCAUUGAGUCCUGAGCAGAAGGCACAAAUAGUUGAGGAAGAAUCUGAAGCUAAAAACCUUCAAGUGGUUGAAGAAGAGAGUGAUGCUAAAACCCUCCAACCUGAAGAGAGUGGAUCCUUCUUGGGUCUUGAGGAUGUUAGCAUGUCUCUGGUCUAUUCUUCUGUUCUUUCUGUUCCCACCAGUUUCUUCAUGGAACUAUUCAAUGGGAGUGAGUUGGAACGCAAGAGCAAUGAGAGGAUUGGUUGUCUUAAUUAUUCUUAUAGUCCUUGGGAAUUUGACAAGGCUGAUGUAUACCACAGACAACUGUAUUACAAAUUUGAUAAACAUAUAUCCUGCUAUAGAGGAGAGGUUACAAGCACACAACAGAGGUCUCCCCUUUCUGAUAAAAAUGGUUGGCUCAUUGAAGAGGUCAUGACACUCCAUGGGGUUCCACUAGGAGACUAUUUUAAUGUUCACAUAAGAUACCUAGUGGAAGAUGUACCCACCCGAUCCACAGUAUGUAACGUCCAAGUGUUUUUUGGAAUUGCAUGGCUGAAAAAUAGUAGACAUCAGAAAAGGAUUAGUAAGAAUAUCCUUUCAAAUCUGGAAGAUCGAUUGAAGUUAAUGUUUGGUUUAGUAGAGAAGGAAUAUAUAUCAGGAAAGUAGAGAGGGAUCUGGUGCGGUUGAGUGGAUGACAGUUUAGUGAACAAGCUGGGAAAGCUAAUGUAAGUAAAGCUGCAUUCUUUUCAUGAUCAAAAUGGGCUCUUGGGUGUUUCUUUCUUCAGUAAAGGCUAGAAUUUGACUGGGGCUAUGUUCUAUGAUAAAGCUUACCCGUGUGCUGGAACGGUCAUUGGAGUGUUGAGUCUUUUUUUAAUGAAGCUUCCAGGCUUUGCAGUGUGGGUAAUCUGCACUGAGGAUGCCAGCCAGGAGCUCCGGGACGUAACUUGUGCUGCUGGAUUCAUUGAACAAUCACAGAGCUUAGUUGAAGUUCACAUUCCUUUGGUUGCAGUGAAGUGAACCUAUGAGCUUCUACACCUUUGUAGGACUGACGAACCACCCACUUGGGGAGAAUGUAUGGUAGGACAAACAUUUAGACGAUGUCUUCACUCUUUAGGCGAAAUCCGUUAUGUUUCAGCUGUAGCGUGUAGAAUCAUCAUGGUUUUGUAUUCAACCCAUUAACACGACCUCAAUUCAUCAAUAUAGAUGUGCGUUUGUAUUUUAAUGAUUAAAA